UGGUCAAAUAGGGCCUCAUGGCAGAGCCCAAUGUAAUAUAAAUCGUCCACUUUACCGUUGUCCCGUCUCUCUUCAUCUCUCUUUCUCUCUCCCUCACUCUCUCUCUCUCUCCAUCCAUCCGAAAUGGGUUUAUCCGCUCCGGCCAGUGUGAACAGCUCUCUGGGAUGGAAGUCAUCGAGCUUGUUCGUGCGGUCAGGGGCAACUUCUACUUCUACUGCUCUCACUGGAUUCUCGGCUCCUUCCAAAAGAAAAUGCCCCCACAGAAAGGUUUCUGUAACAUGCUCUUCCUCUUCUGAUCCACUCUUGGUUAAGGCUGCAAGAGGAGAUCCUGUAAGUCGGCCUCCAGCAUGGAUGAUGCGCCAAGCAGGAAGGUAUAUGGCUGUUUACAGAAAGCUUGCAGAGAAAUAUCCAUCGUUCAGAGAGAGGUCAGAGACAACUGACCUCAUUGUGGAAAUUUCUUUGCAGCCUUGGGAAGCUUUCCGUCCUGAUGGAGUGAUUAUUUUCUCUGACAUACUUACGCCUCUACCUGCAUUUGGUGUUCCCUUUGACAUAGAGGACGUCAGGGGUCCUGUUAUUCAGUCACCCAUCGUCUCUGAAGAGGGCUUGAAGACCUUGCAUCCGAUUGACUUGGACAAACUACACUUUGUGGGGGAAUCCUUAAAGAUACUGCGGCGGGAGGUUGGUGGGCAUGCUGCUGUUUUGGGUUUCGUAGGGGCACCAUGGACGAUUGCUACAUACAUAGUAGAAGGGGGUUCAACUUCCACGUAUACAAAAAUAAAGAGCAUGUGCCAUACAUCACCACAUGUAUUGAGGGCUCUUCUUUCGCAUUUGACUCAGGCAAUAUCAGACUAUAUUGUUUUCCAAGUAGAAGCAGGGGCACAUUGCAUACAAAUAUUUGAUUCAUGGGGUGGGCAACUACCACCAGCCAUGUGGGAUAGCUGGUCGAAGCCUUAUAUUCAAGAGAUCGUGACUUCAGUAAGGAAAAGAUGCCCUAAAACACCACUUGUUCUCUACAUUAAUGGGAAUGGUGGCAUUCUUGAGCGCAUGAAAGGAACUGGUGUAGACGUGAUUGGGCUCGAUUGGACGGUAGACAUAGCUGAUGGUAGAAAACGGUUGGGUAGUGAGAUCAGUGUACAGGGAAAUGUGGAUCCUGCUUACCUAUUUUCUCCUCUUCCUUCCUUGACCGAAGAAAUUCAAAGGGUGGUGAGGUCUGCUGGGCCAAGGGGACACAUUCUCAAUCUAGGGCAUGGUGUUCUUGUACGGACACCUGAAGAAGCAGUUAAACAUUUCUUCGAAGUUGCAAGAAGCUUGAAUUAUGACACAUUUCUUGAAACACAAACACCGAGGGAAUUGGUAGUGUAGACUCAUCAAAUUUUAUUUCACAAGCUGGCUUUCGGUUGAGAGUUCACAGCAUAUUCUUGCAGCAGCAUGCUUGGUCUCUCUUUCCGCAUGUAGUUGAGGGUUCAUCGGAGCUCUAAGGUUCUGACCGUGUUGAAAGGAGAGCUUACGUGUCAGAUUCAAUUCUUUUUGUAACAACGAUAUCUGGUAUGAAUAAAUGAAUUUCUUUUUGUUGGAA